CAAAAUUUUCGUUUGUUUUUUAUCUACCGAAAUUCUAGAACUGUAAAAUCGUUUUUUUGAUCGUUUAAUUCGUAUAUUUUCGCUUUAAUUAAUUAUAAAUACGAUUAAUUUUGCAAAGUUCAUCGUCGUAAAAUGCCCAAGAUCCGUAAAACGAAGAAAAAAGCCCCCGAUGGUUGGGAAUUGAUCGAACCCACGUUGGAAGAAUUGGAACAAAAGAUGAGAGAAGCCGAAACCGAACCACACGAAGGUAAAAGAAAAGUAGAAGCUUUAUGGCCAAUAUUCAAAAUCCACCAUCAGAAAUCACGAUACAUCUAUGAUCUGUUCUAUCGAAGGAAAGCCAUAUCUAGAGAACUAUACGAUUAUUGUUUGAACGAGAAUAUAGCUGAUCGAAACCUUAUCGCGAAAUGGAAGAAGCAGGGCUACGAAAACUUGUGCUGUUUGAGGUGUAUUCAAACCAGAGAUACAAAUUUCGGUACAACGUGUAUUUGUCGUGUUCCUAAAGCUAAAUUAGAAGAAGGUCGUAUCGUCGAAUGUAUUCAUUGCGGUUGCAGAGGUUGUUCGGGCUAGAGGAAGGAAAAUUUCACCAACGAACUACGAAGCACUUAUUGCUCCGAGACCGAAAAUCUUUGUGAGAGAAGAGGAGUAAACUGACGUGGAGGAAUUCUUUAUAUGAUCAUGUUUGAUAUCGCAAACGCGUAUUUUAAUUUCCCUACGAAACGUAUGUAUACAUAUUUGUAAAUAAAUCUUGUCAACGUGUUUUUUUAAA